AUGACACAUUCCUUCCUUUUCCUUCCUUCUUACCACCACCAAAAUCCAAUAAUAACUCAAUCACUCCAUUUUAAAAAUUAUUUAUUUUUCCGUAUUUAUUUAUUUACUUCCUUCUCUUUUCCCCCUUUGUUGUUAUUAUUAUUAAUAAUAUUAUUAUUAUCUGUUGUUUCAUUUUUCAUCUUCAACUUCAUUUUCCCUUCAUACUUUUUUUCCUUUCUUUCUUUCUUGUUAAGGCGGGGGGGGGGGGGGAAAGGAAAAAAAAAAGAAAAAAAAACGCCAAUUAAAUUUGAUUUAAUUUUGUCCUUUUGA